AUGUCUCAUCCCUCUGAACACCCCGCAUACACUCCACCAUACUCGACCUCGCCCUACCGAUGGCAGUAUCACCCUUCACCGCACCCUCUGUGGUGGCGAACCAUCGACUCGAUGGCCAACUUUGUCCUCCACUGGCAGACGCGCUUUCAUGGACAUGGCGACAUGUUUGCUUCGUGCACUCUGAGCUUGUCCUCUUCCUCGACCUCGACGAACUCGAACCAGCCUCCUGACUCGACCUUGCCGACGUCGUCGACAUCCAAAUCGAACGCGAUUCCGAAUACUUCGUCCGGUUUGUCCUCCUCGUCCUCGUCUUACUUCACCUCCGCAGCGACUUCCUCCGUCAGCUCCUCAACGGAUCUCUCACAGCUCGCACUCCCGACCUCGUCGUCAAACACCUCACCGAGUCCCACAGACAACACCCAAUGCACCCUUCCGUGCAUUUUGACGCCCGCACACAUCCGCGAAGCACUCCGGCGGCUCCGCUUCGCGCGGCCCACCGUGGCUCUUCGUCUCGCCAGUCGUCGCGAUCUGGACCUCCCCUUACUCCCAAACAUACCACCCCUCCUGGCGCGCAAAGUGGACUUCCAAGUGGCGCUCGUGUACGAAGUCGUAACCUCCCCACCUGACCUCGAGAGGUGGUUGGAUGAGACGAUUGUCUGCCACACCGACCCGAUAGACUGGGAAGAUUCCAUCACAGCAUCCACAUCCGACGGUGUUCCACCGCGCGACCGAUUGAAGGUGCACUACUGGCCGUUCACCGGGAGGAUAGGGGUCGAGCAAUCCCACGCAAUCAGCGACGGCCUUGGAACACUGCUUCUGUUCGACCUGUUGCACUCGUCCAUCGCCGGCGUUCUCUCGUCUCCUUCACCCAGGUCAUUCAACUGGGGUGAGGAAGUGACGCGCCUCGAGCCAGCUGUGUGGGACGCGCUGGCCAAGCCGCCAUUGUCACCUUUAGCCCUCAAGGACGAGCUGAAGCGCGCGCGUCAGGUGAACGCCGCUCGGAUGCAUGGGAAGAGCACGCCCCCGAAUGCGAUCGAGAAGAUGGUGGGGAGGAUGGUGGCCUUCGCCCUUGCGCGAGAAAGCAGGGUGGGUCGGGUGCUCUCUUCUCCCCUCAUCGCGCUCGUACGCCGCACCGUCGCCAAAGGGGAGGUGUUCCCGCUGGGUCUCCUCCCUCCGCGCUCGCAAACUUCGGAGAGGACACAUACAGGGUUUCUCAGCACAACUCUCUCCGCGACCCAAACGACCGCCCUGCUGACCAUCCUCAAGCAGCGCGGCUUGACGCUUGCACCGUUCCUCGAGGCGGCCGCGCAUAUGACCACAACUUGGGUGCGUGCUCACCGCGGUCUCGCUGGCAACACCAAAUGGGACGGACCGAAUCGUCUCCUCGGGAGCUUCAGCAACGCGGUCUCCAAGCGGGACACCUUGCUCCCUGAACAUCAACGCUAUCUCGGGCUGUGUAUGAGCGGCUUCCCCACCACCGUCCCUGCCUCUUCCGCCGUCUGGUCCCAGACCUCCAUCGCCUCGCCCACCGGCCCGCAGGACCCUCUGCCUAGCGUAUCCGACUCGGACAGGUGUACCCUCUGGGCGCUAUCAUCCGACCUCGCGUACCAGUACAAGGAGGGCAGAGCGAAAGAGAGCUGGUUGCAGCUCGACGAGGCGUUGUUGUGGGAGACCAUGAAGAGCGAGUAUCGCGUCAUGAAGCCGGAGAGCUACCCGUCCAUGGUCUGGCUCUCGUCCCUUGGCAAGGUGGAGAGCUUCUUCCGCGCCUCUCAUCCGAUCACAUCAGAACACGAGAACAAAGCGUCGCGAACCGAGCACGGCGACGGAAGAUGGAGCAAGGUUGGAGCGGCCCUCGAGGUAGACGAUCUUCGCCUCAUCGGCCGCGUAGCCAUCCGUCAACCCAUCCUUCACGUCUUCACAUUCCGCGGCACGACCACGAUCCAAUUCUCCUUCGCUGAUUGGCUGUACAACACUUCAAAAGUGAGCCAUGGCAGCGAAACGCAGAGGCAGAACAUCCUCGCCUACUGGCUGCAGGUCUUCACCACGCUCAUCGACGCCGUCCUCCUCGAUGCGACCCAGUCACCGGUGAUGCAAUAA